AUGCCACGUUCCGAGGAAGCAGAGUGGUGGGCCAACGCCGUCUACGAGGCCAUCCAAGAGAUCCCCCGGGGCAAAGUCACUUCGUAUGGUCAUAUCGCACGGCUGCUUGGAGAACCUCAGCGUCCCCGUCAGGUCGGUGUGUGUCUCAAGGUUCUUGCGUCUCCAGAAUCCGGCUCACAUUUCAAUUCGGAUACCGUGCCAUGGCAGCGAGUUAUUAACUCAAAAGGAAUGAUCUCGCAUCGCGGACCCGGGAGUGCCGAGCGUCAAGCUGAAGCUCUCGCCCAAGAAGGGGUUGAAGUUACUAGAGAUAGCAUGGGUGAGAUCUAUGUUGAUUUCUCUCGAUAUGGAUGGUUUCCAGGCCAGCUACCGAGCGAGGGAAUGGAUGGGCAGCCAUGA